CCUGGAAGAGGAUAUGGUCGCCUAGACCAGCAGUAUUAUAUCAGCUUGAUGCUAAGAGUAGGUGUUUUUGUAGAGGAGUAUGUAGAAUCGGUCGAAUUUAGCAGAGGACAUUGCAGAAAGGCGGUAUUUGGAAGAGGCAGGAAAGACAGAGAACUUGAACCGAAGCUUCGUGCCCAGUGAAUAAGGAUCAUUUUUCAGGGAGCCUUUUUAUGCUUCAAAAUUAUGACAAGUACGUGAGGAUUUCUAUCAACCAACGUGGAUUUCUUUCUUCCAACAACUUUCCUGCUCCCCUGCCUCCUGCCUAGUUUUCUCGGGAAACCCUCAUCUCUGCCAUGUUCUACGGCUCUCAACACAAGAGGAGUUUGUCUUCAUGAAGAUUCCUAACAUUGGUAAUGUGAUGAAUAAAUUUGAGAUCCUUGGGGUUGUAGGUGAAGGAGCCUAUGGGGUUGUUUUGAAAUGCAGGCACAAGGAGACCCAUGAAAUUGUGGCCAUCAAGAAAUUCAAGGACAGUGAAGAAAAUGAAGAAGUCAAGGAAACGACUUUACGGGAGCUAAAAAUGCUUCGUACUCUGAAACAGGAAAACAUCGUGGAGCUAAAGGAAGCCUUCCGCAGGAGAGGGAAGCUGUACUUGGUCUUUGAGUAUGUGGAAAAAAAUAUGCUUGAAUUGUUGGAAGAAAUGCCGAACGGAGUUCCACCCGAAAAAGUCAAAAGCUAUAUCUACCAGCUUAUCAAAGCAAUUCACUGGUGCCACAAAAAUGAUAUUGUUCAUCGAGAUAUCAAACCAGAAAAUCUCUUAAUCAGCCAUACUGACAUUCUGAAGCUCUGUGACUUUGGUUUUGCUCGUAAUCUGUCUGAGGGCAACAACGCCAAUUAUACGGAGUAUGUGGCCACCAGAUGGUAUCGUUCACCUGAACUUUUACUGGGAGCCCCGUAUGGAAAAUCUGUGGACAUGUGGUCUGUGGGCUGUAUUCUUGGAGAACUUAGUGAUGGCCAGCCAUUAUUUCCUGGAGAAAGUGAAAUUGACCAACUUUUUACCAUUCAGAAGGUGCUGGGACCUCUUCCCCCAGAGCAGAUGAAACUUUUCUACAGCAACCCUCGUUUUCACGGACUUCGGUUCCCGGCUGUUAAUCACCCACAGUCUCUGGAGCGAAGAUAUCUAGGAAUUUUAAGUGGUGUUCUACUUGACUUGAUGAAGAAUUUAUUGAAGCUGGACCCAGCCGAUCGAUUCUUGACCGAGCAGUGUUUGAAUCACCCUUCGUUUCAAACCCAGAGACUUUUAGAUCGUUGUGGAAGCUCCCCUUCACGGUCAGCAAAGAGAAAACCUUACCACGUAGAAAGCAACACAUUGUCUAAUAGAAACCAAGCCGGCAAAAGCGGCGGCCUGCAGGCCCACCACCGGUCGAACAGCAAAGACAUCCAGAACCUGAGCGUCGGGCCGCCCCGGGGCGAGGACGGCCUUCAAGCCAACGAGAGCUUUCUGAACGGCAACCUGCCGGGGGCGGCCCACAGCCCCAUGCACGCCAAAAACUACCCGGCCGGCGGCCAGCCCGGGGCCGCCGCCAAAGAUCUCGCCAACAACAACAUCCCCCACCUCCUCAGUCCCAAGGAAGCGAAACCCAAGUCGGAGUUCGACUUCGGCGUCGAGCAGAAGGCCUCGGACGGCCCCGGGUCGAAGUAUCUCAAGUCGACGGGCCGGGCGCAGCAGAACCGGCACUCUCUCAUGGAGGGCUCGCAGGGCAAGACGGGCACGCUGCAGCUCGGCGAGAAGCACGGCCGCCACGGCUACAUCGACACCAUCCCCCAGUCUUCUAAGAGCCCGUCCUACCGGACCAAGCCGAAAAGCCACGGGUCCCUGAGCGACUCCAAAUCCGUCAGCAACCUCGCCGAAGCCAGGGCCCAGAUCCCCGAGGGUAACGGCGGCGGGAGGUACUUCCCGUCCAGCUGCCUGGACUUGAACUCUCCCACCAGCCCGACGCCGCCCCGGCCCGGCGACAACAGAACGCUGCUCAGUCCUUCCGGGCGGACCAACCGGAGCGACGGCACCCUGGACUCGCGCCGGCCGACCCCGCGGCACUCGAAAACGAUGGAGGAGCUGAAGCUGCCCGACCCCGUGGACGGGAGUCACUCUCACUCCCUGUCGGCGCCGCACGAGUCUUUUUCCUAUGGUCUGGGCUACACCAGCCCCUUCUCUUCCCAGCAACGCCCUCACCGGCAUUCCAUGUACGUGACUCGGGACAAAGUGAGAGCAAAGGGCUCGGAAGGAGGCUUGAGCGUAGGGCAAGGGAUGGCAGCCAGAGCCAACAGCCUUCAACUCUUAUCACCACAGCCAGGUGAACAGAUUCCUCCCGAUAUGAAUCUCACGAGACCUCCAAUGAAAGAUCCAUCCAGAGAUGGCACCUCUGCAUUUCACUCGCGGCAAAAGUCCGAGGGUGGAGCUUACCAUGACCCACAUUCAGACGACGGAGCGGCCUCGAAAGAAAACAGACAUCUCUACAACGAUCCUGUUCCGAGAAGAGUUGGCAGCUUCUACAGAGUUCCAUCUCCUCGGCCAGAUAAUUCAUUCCAUGAAAAUAAUGUGUCGUCUCGCGUUUCAUCACUGCCAUCCGAUAGCAGCUCUGCUACCAACCACUCAAAAAGACAAACAACUUUUGAUCCAUGGAAAAGUCCUGAAAACGUUAGUCACUCCGAACAACUCAAGGAUAAGGAAAAGCAAGGCUUUUUCAGGUCGAUGAAAAAGAAAAAAAAGAAAUCUCAAACAACAGAAUCCGCCAACGGGGAGAAUCCGAGCAUCAAGAAAUCCCUCUUUCCUCUUUUUAAUUCAAAGAAUCAUGUAAAGCAUAGCUCUUCUUUGAAAAAGCUUCCUGUAGUCCCUCUACCUAUGGUGCCCAACACAGACGGCCAGGAUCUCCUGGCGUUCCAGAAAGCCAUGCAUCCUUCUAAUCACCAAAGCAGCAGGCCGAAGGAGUGGCGCCCCGAGAAGAUGACAGACCUCCAGGCGCACACCCAGCCUCUAAAAUCCCUUCGCAAACUAUUGCACCUCUCUUCCACCUCCAAUCAUCCACCUUCUUCAGACGCCCGCUUUCAGCCCAUUCCAAGCCAGCCAGCCAAAGGUUCCUUCUCGGAGGUGCGCAUUCACCCUCUGAGCCAAGCGUCCAGCAGCAGCAGCGGCAGCGGGAACGUCCGACAGGAAGGGGCGCCGAAGGGCCGGCCGACGCUGCAGCUGCCGGGCCAGAUAGAUCCCGGUUGGCACGUCCCUCCCGGGGGCAGGAGCCCCAACGAGGGCGCCUCCUACUCGGAACAACUGGGCUCCAAGGGCGGGCCCAACGGGCUCCCCUAUAACAGAACAAACCGAUCCCGGAUGCCAAACCUGAAUGACUUAAAAGAGACGGCCCUGUAAUUAGACUCGGGGAGAAAUCCAGUCCGGCUCGCGGCGGGGGGGUGGA